AUGACAAUCCUUUCCCUUUUGAGGCAGCAGAUCCAGGUCAGAGUAGAGAUAGCUUCUACUCUACCUUUCUUUCUUUCUUACCAAUUCAUUCCACUCUGUCUCUUUCUUUUUCUCAAUAUGUCAAGUCUUGUUUGUUUCUUUCUUUCAUUCUACAGCCUAUCUCUCUCUCUCUCUUAUUUUACUAAUAUAUUCCGAGUCCUUCAUUUCUUUUUUUCUUUUUCUACCUUGCAUUCCCGCCUUUCUUUCUUUCUUUCUUUCUUAAUAUCUCUUAUUUCAUAUUUAGUAUUAUCUACCGACUUUUUCUUCCUUUGUCUUUUCUUAAUAGUUCCUUUGUCUUUCAUUAUAUCUUUCUUUGGUUAUUCUUAUAUUCUUUUGACAUCGUCUUUCUUUUUUCUUUCUUUUUUUGUUAUUUUAAUAUUCUUUCUUUCUUUCUUUCUUUCUUUCUUUCUUUCUUUCUUUCUUUCUUUCUUUCUUAAUCCUCAUAAUUUGGUUGUAUAUUCCCCUUUUCUUUCUUUCUUUCUUUCUUUCUUUCUUUCUUUCUUUCUUUCUUUCUUUCUUUCUACACCUUCUCUCUCUUAUUCCGAGUGUUUUCUUUAG